GGUGGGCGCGACUCUCCCCGCAGGUUGGCCCUGAACUGCCGCCCGGCUGCCGGCCUCCUGCAUGUCAGCAACUUGCUUCUGUGACGCCGGGGCUGGAUCUGGGCCCUUCCAGUCCCAGGUGUCCUGCCAGAGGGGCGCGGGCUUGCUGGGAGGUAGAGGGGUGGAGGAAGCAGUAAAAGCCAGUCCAGGCCUCACAGAACUGAGCUGUAUCAUGAUGUCCCAUCAGCAUGCUGGCCAAUUGUAUAUUCUCCGGAUUACAAUAUCACGUUUAUGGGACUGGAGAAGUUGCAUCCAUUUGAUGCAGGAAAAUGGGGAAAAGUAAUCAAUUUCUUGAAAGAAGAAAAACUAAUUGCUGAUGAUUUGAUCGUUCAGGCACGAGAAGCUACUGAAGAAGAUCUCUUGGUUGUCCACACAAGGCGCUACUUGAAUAAACUGAAGUGGUCAUUUGUAGUGGCAACAAUUACAGAAGUUCCACCACUUUUCUUUCUUCCUAAUUUCUUUGUUCAGAGAAAGGUGCUGAAGCCUCUAAGAACCCAAACAGGAGGAACAAUAAUGGCAGGAAAACUUGCCAUUGAUAGAGGCUGGGCAAUCAAUGUGGGGGGUGGCUUUCACCACUGUUCAAGUGAUAAAGGUGGAGGAUUUUGUGCAUAUGCUGAUAUCACACUGGCUAUUAAGUUUUUAUUUGAAAGAGUAGAAGGAGUUUCUAAGGCCACAAUUAUAGAUCUGGAUGCUCAUCAGGGGAAUGGCCAUGAAAGGGACUUUAUGGAUGAUCAAAGGGUAUAUAUCAUGGAUGUAUACAAUAGGUAUAUUUAUCCAGGGGAUGGAUUUGCUAAACGAGCCAUAAAGCGGAAGAUUGAAUUGGAUGGGGGUACAGAGGAUACAGAAUAUCUUCAGAAAGUACAAACACAUGUAGAAGGGGCAUUAAAUGAAUCGAGACCAGAUAUAAUAAUAUAUAAUGCUGGAACUGAUAUCCUGGAUGGUGAUCCACUUGGAGGUCUAGCUAUUUCACCUCAGGGAAUCGUUAAAAGAGAUGAAAUAGUAUUCAUGGCGGCCAGAAGCCGCAGAAUCCCUAUCUUGAUGGUGACAUCUGGAGGCUAUCAGAAGAGGACAGCACGGAUAAUUGCUGAUUCCAUUCUUAAUUUGCACAACCUGCGACUUAUUAACAAGGAGCUAGCAACCAGAGGAGCGGAGAACCCCAAGGUAGAGCUGAUGAUUAGAGGUUCCAGUUCAGAUUUAACUAAGUAGUCACUGCAGUAAGACAAUACUAAGUUUGAGAAAAGAAAACUUACUAAUUGUAUUGUGUGUUAAACUUAAGGACAAGAAGUCUCCACAACUCCAUCAGGGUUAAUUUAACAUUUGCAAAAGACUGACUUGCCUUAUAAAACAUUAACAGAAUUGAAUAUAAUAGGUGGUCCCAAAAUGAUUCUAAAUGUCUGACUGACUCCUGAAGCCCUCUUGAGCAGCUGUGAUAUGAAAAGCUGCAGAUAUUUGAGGUUUAAUUUAGGUGUGCACUUAAGAACAGUGUCUUUGUCUUUAUAUCAUAUGGUAUAGAAAGCUUUAAUUCCUUCUCUUAUUUUUGUGGAGAGUUUACUGUUUUCUUGAAAAGACUUGCAUGGGUAAGAUUUGAAGACUGUCCAAGGCCUCUCUUUAAUGGCGUUAGUACAUGGAAGGAGGCAGAGUCCAGAGCGAGAAUGGUCUGGAAUGAGGACUUCUCAAUCUUUUUAAAGAUAAUGAAAAUGCAGAUUCAGCUUUUUUUUAUGCUGCUGCUCCAUUUUCCAGAUUUUGAUCAUAUAUUUUGACAUUCAGAUCCUGUGGAGAGGACAGAGUAGCAGAAAAGGCAGGAAUACUAAGAGACUGUGGGGAAGAGAGGAGUAAUAGAAAGGGUGACUCAAUUUACCUACUUUUUUGGAGUAGAUUUUCAACAAUAUGCAAACAACUCUAGGUGUGCAAUCUCUCACAUUUCACUGUGAGAUUAGGGAAUAAUAUUUAUUCAAACAGUUGUCAGAAAUCUUUUCCCACUUCAGUAAUCUAUAAUACUUCUCUGUGUUUAUACCAGUACUAGUAAUAUGAUCUUAUGUCACUGUUGAAUAUUUUGCUCUAAGUAUAGUAUUUUUUCUCAUUUAAUAUUAGCAUGCAAUUCAAAAUAUUGAAGGAUCAAAAAAGUUCAUGUUUACAUAGAUUGGACAUCUUUAAAAAUUAAUAAAUGAAUAUAUAACUCAUUAAUGACCAAGAAUUUAUUAUCCAGGAGUAAAAAUUGCCAAAUAUAAAUUAUUGAAAUGAUAAGCAAUAGAGUUUCACUCUUUACAUGUAUACCAUCAGAGUCGUUUGUUUAGUAAAUGAUCUAGUUACUUGAAUUUUUCUAGUUAUGGCCACCAUUAUUAACCAUUCCUGUCAAUAAGAGAUACAAAAUAACUUUUAUUUAAAAAAAAAAUCUAAUUAAUGCUUAAGUUUGAUACUGGGAGGUAGUUAAAAUAUUUUGUGUCUAUUAAACCCUAAAUUCCUAAUGCUCUUAGUACAGAAAAAGAGAUUCAAAUGGAAACUGGAUGUAAAAUUGUUUUAUGUUCUGAUUUAUAGUACUUAUCUAUUUCUUUUUAUCUAGUGGAGGUACAGAGCGGUUGUUCUUUAAUGAUCAAUUCAGUAUUGAUGUUUACAUGCAGUACUAUGAAAAAUAGUAGUUUGGCUUUUUUAAGCCGUCACGUAUAUCAGGGCUGUCCAUCCAGUGGGCCCACACAGGCCCAUGCAGCUGCCUCUCCUUCUGUAGCAGGAUGGAGGAAGACCUAGGUGGGGGCUACAUGCAGCCCAUGUGGUGGGGAGAGCCAUGUGCCAACCACACAGCCAAUGCAGGGUGCAGGAGGGUCCUGGAAGUCUGCCCCUGCAGCAUAUGGCCUGUGUGACAACAGGCCUAACCUAUAUAAAGUAAUGCAUUGGCUUAUAAUUUACUCCAUUUCCACAUAAUGACUAAACUCUUCCUUUAUAAAUGAACUUUAAAGGAAUUGAAUAAAAAGACUUGUCAUAAUCUACAUAGGAGGCCUGAGGAUUCAGUUAUUACAUUAUUCUUUUUGUGUCUCUAAAAGUGAGGGCUUUAACAAAAAGAGACUGAAUAAUCAACAUUUAAGACAUUCAGUUCAAUAAAGAUAAGUAUUAUGAAGAAUGUCAGUUAAAAAAGUAAGUAUUGUUGCUUGAAGAGGUUAACUGUGGAGUAGCAUAAGGAUGCGAAGAGUGAAGCACACCUCAGGGGGCUGCUGAAGAAAGAGGGGAGGGGAGGACACCAGAAUGGAGUGGAGGCAUCUCAAUGUCCCAUACUCCCCUCUCUCCUUCUGCUUCAGGUCUGGGUGGGGGGGGAAGCACAGUAACAGCCGCUGUGCAAGAGCAUUCAAUAAAGGGCGUUUUGAGAAAUAUCGUUUCUGGGGGGAGGGGGUAUGUCAUUUCCUUUUUGUCUCACCAAAAACCAUAGGCUGCUGGACAUGUCUCUGCGGCAAAAAAAUGAGUCAAUAUCUUCCCUCAGCGAUAGUGAACCUCUUGCUGUUGCUCCUCCACUGUCCUGUUGAUUUUCCUUCCCUGGUGCCAUAGCCUCUGGAGCCCAAGUCUUUGCAAGGAAGGUGCAAGGGGGUGGGGAGGCAGGACUGCUUGGGGCAUAGUUCCGCCCAGUUCUCUGUAGCUUUGGAAGGUACUCCCGGAUUAAGAGGUACCAUGUGCCUCUUACCUUUAUCAGUUUGUAGUGGAUCAGAGUGUGUAUAGUAGUGGGGUGGGAUUCUUUUCUCUUUUAACGUUCCCUUUUUCAUUCGCUUAAAGAGCUUGGCAGUAGCUAUGCCAAUAACUGUAAUCAAAGUCAUGUACUUAUUCAGUGAUAAACAUACUGUGAAAUUUCCAAAUGAAGCUUGCUUAAUUUUCAAGAUAUGCUAACUAUUAAAUUUGGAAGUGGGGCUUUUUUAGAUAUGUUAUGAAUUGUAAACAAAAUAAUGCGCUGAAAGGUUAAUUAGGUACAUUUAUCCUAUAUAAAGGCUUUGAUACUUAAGGUUAAUAUCCUAUGUAUUAAAUACUGUUUGUGGCAUAGAGUUAUAAGUUUUCUAAGCAGUUGAAAUAUUUUGGAGAAGCCAUUUUACUUCUAAAUAUUCACUGAUGUAGCGCUGGUUUCAUGAUGUGUUGUUUAGGGUUCAGUGCAUACAUGAAGGGAUGCCGAUAUUUUCUUCCUAGUGAUAGAAUCAGCUUGUAAGGCACUUAAGUAAUGUUUAGUUGUAAUUGAAAUACUUACCUCAGUUAACACUAGUUCUCAGACUUCUGGUCUGUUAGUUAUAGAAAAUUGUACAACUUGCUAUAAAUAUUUGCUUAAAAUGUAUUUGGCAUAUUGCACUAAUUUUGAGUUGUGACACUGUCAUUAAAAAGCACUUUUAAAAUUCUUACAUUGAAAAUGUUUAAAGUACUAUUAAUGUUGAGAUUUAUUUUUUCUAUACUGUCUGAUGUGUUACUUAAAAAUGUUGCUAUACUUUCUUAUAAUUUUUAUAAAAUUGCAAAUUACAUUUGUAUUGAGCUAAAACACUGUAAUAAUGCCAUACAGUCUUUUAAAAAUGUUUUGGUUUGUGUUUAAUAUGUUUAUAUUCCU